AUGGCAGUGACCUACACUCGCAUGGCAGUGACCUACACUCGCAUGGCAGUGAUCUACACUCGCAUGCAUUCAUUCGCGUUCGCCUCCCUCUUCUUCAUCCUGGUCUCCAUCACCACCUUCUGCCUGGAGACGCACGAAGCCUUCAACACCAUCAUCAACAAAACCGAACUGCUCCUCAACUCCAGCAUCCCCGACUCCGGGCCUCAGUACGAGAUCGAGACCGACCCGGCGCUGACCUACGUGGAGGGCGUCUGCGUCUUCUGGUUCACCAUCGAGUUCCUGGUCCGAGUCACGUUCUGCCCCUGCAAGCUGGAGUUUGUCAAAAACGCCUUGAACAUUAUCGAUUUUGUGGCGAUUUUACCGUUUUACUUGGAGGUGGGAUUAAGCGGAUUGUCGUCCAAAGCUGCUAAGGACGUGCUGGGUUUCCUCAGGGUGGUACGCUUUGUUCGUAUCCUUCGUAUUUUCAAGCUCACGCGCCAUUUUGUGGGCCUGCGGGUGUUGGGGCACACGUUACGAGCGAGCACAAACGAAUUCUUGCUCCUUAUAAUCUUCCUGGCUCUCGGGGUGCUCAUUUUCGCCACCAUGAUCUACUACGCCGAGAGGAUAGGAGCCAAGCCCAACGACCCCACCGCCAGCGUGCACACCAAAUUCAAAAACAUUCCCAUUGGGUUCUGGUGGGCGGUCGUUACCAUGACGACGCUGGGUUACGGGGACAUGUACCCGGAGACGUGGUCGGGGAUGGUGGUGGGCGCGCUGUGUGCCUUGGCGGGCGUGUUGACGAUAGCCAUGCCCGUGCCCGUCAUCGUCAAUAACUUUGGGAUGUAUUAUUCGUUGGCGAUGGCGAAACAGAAGCUGCCGAAGAAACGUAAGAAGCACAUCCCCCAGGUGCAGGGCGGCUCCCCGUCCUACUGCAAAGCAGAACUCAACCUGAGCUGCAACAGCACCCAGGGAGACCUGUGCCACAUGAAGGGCAGCCGCAUCCUCGACUGCAACACGCACACUCACACACAGGUAACACACAUCACACAAAACCGCACAACAUAG